AUGGACAGGGCCAGGAGGCGGUGGGUGCUGGGCCUCGCCCCCACCUGCCUCGCCCUUGCCUUCUCCCUCACCGCCCUGGGCAGCAGUCACUGGUGUGUGGGGACCCGGCGGGUGUUGAAGCCGCUGUGUCAGGAGCAGCCAGGAGAGCCACACUGCAUCCACAUCAGCCAGGACAGUGACAGUGGCCGGAGGGAUAACAGCCAGGCUGUUCAGUACAUCUGGGAGAUGGGGGACGACAGGUUCACCAAGCGCAAGUUCCACGUGGGGCUCUGGCACUCCUGCGAGGAGAGCCUCAGCGGCGCAGAUGAAAAGUGUAGGAGUUUCCAGAGUAUCAUACCAGCUGAAGAACAAGGUCUCUUGUGGCUGUCCAUCGGAGCUAAGGUCCUGGAUGUCCUGCUGCUGCUGACAAGUGCCAUCCUCCUGGGCUCGAGAGUGAGUCAUCACAGCUCUGGGCUUGACUGGCUCAAGGUGGAUGCCUCGGUAGCCAUCCUCAUGGUGCUCGCAGGGCUCCUAGGCAUGGUGGCCCACAUGAUGUACACCACCAUUUUUCAAAUCACUGUUAACCUUGGACCAGAAGAUUGGAGGCCUCAGACGUGGGACCAUGGCUGGUCAUAUUGCCUUGCCUGGUGUUCUUUCGCCCUCUGCAUGACCAUGUCGGUCACAGCCAUGAGCAGAUACACAGCAGCCCGCCUGCGACUCACAGAAAAGCAGAGGGUACAAAAGGACAGUCGGCACCCUCAACACACCCUCCCGGAACCUGAGACUUCAGAGAGGGUUUGGGAAACAGGAGCAGCUCCUCGCCCUGCUGGAUGUGCCCUUGUGAAUGUUUCUGGGCACCUGCCACCAGGUACCCCAGGCAAGGUGUCCACGUGCUAG